AUGGAUGAUCAUCAACCUUCUGAUCGGCUCCUGGAAUGGCUGAAUCAACCAGAUAGCCCAGAACCUCCUCUUGAGCAGCCACUCGAGGAUCUAGAAACCCCGCCUGGAGCUGAAGAGCGACAAGAUCAUGACAACUCUCUGGAGGAGGCAAGGGACUCGGUAGAGGGUAUCGAGCAUAUUGACCCUCUCUUACAAAACCCUGAAGAGGUACCUCCCGAGGAGUUAGAUGACCAUCUAGAAGAGGCAGGGAGUUCAGUCGAUGACACCGAGAAUGAUGAUGUCCUUAUACCAGAUAUCGCUCCCGAAGGGAUACUCCCCGAGUCCGGCUCUGCAUCCAUUACCACCGCCAGCCAUGAUGGUCAUGAUGAGGAAGAGAACCCAGGUGCCGGAAAUUAUAUGGAAUCUCAAUAUUCAUAUAUGCCUCCGCCGCCCCCACCACCUCCCCCACCACCGCCCCCACCGCCGAUACCCGAAACUCCAGGGUUUGACCUGGAAGUGAUGAGAAAUCUUCGAACGAGGAAUCGAAAAAAGAAGCCGACAAAUCGACUUACAUAUGCCAAAAUACUUGACAAUGCAGCUAAGGUGCUGGACCAUAUCAAACACGGAAGUGUCCGUCGAAUACCAAGGCACAAUAAUACCUCAAUAACGUUUUAUGAUUAUUCUGAAGGCAUUAUCUCCGAGCCAAGACAGAUCCUGACUGAUAAUGAUAUUCCAAUUCUGGGACACGCAACUCCAGCUGUUAAGCAGCGGCUUAUCCUUGUGGAGGAUCUGUCUAAAUCGACCAUAGAAGCUUUGGGGAUCACCUUCAGCAUUAACCCGGAGUUUUUUGAGGAGCACUUAUUGAACUCGAAUUAUGCUGGGGCGAGGCACAAUGAGCCGCCGGCUCGAACGUGGCAGACGGCGACAUUUCCCAAAUCCUAUUUCUCCUUCCAGUGGAUUCGACCUGUCUAUCGACUACCGACGUAUUUCUCGCACCGGGAUUUGGAAGAUCUUUUUGAAGACUCGACUGAACACUUUACUCGUCGCGGCAAGGUUACUACAGAAGUGACAACGAAUAUAUUCCGAUUAGAGUGGGGGCUGUGGACGGAUCCGACGAAGACAGUGAGAAUGGAGCGAGAAUGUGGAUUGGAGGAGAAGGUAUCGAUCUGGAAAGGUCAGCUUCGAGGUCGAAGUACUGAGAUUGGUAAGGGACAAACAGGCGUCCAUUUGUCGCAGAAUAUUGACAUUCCGUUAGUGAUUGUGCUUCUUGAUCCUCUGCCUGAGAUAAGCGAACUUCAUCAAGAUUGGGGAUUAAGAAAACGUGAUGACGAUAGCAGUAUUGAUGAUUACGCCAUGCCACAGGCAUCCUUGCAUGAGAGCGAUAUGAUGGAAGAAGGACUUGGAGGGUUGUUUCUAGCCGAGCCACGGCGUGUGCGGGAUGGUCGAUCAAUUUCCAGGCUUUGGGCGGAUAUGGUUAUAAGACGAAGAUGGAGAAAGCCUGUUGAAAGUUUUGACGAGUCUGAGGAGGACAACGAAGAAAAAGAAUUGCGUAAAGUCAUUGUCAAGCAGAUGGCGCCUCGCCAGGCUUUGGAUGUUGAUUUGAACCAAAUCUUUCGCUCGACGCGUCCGACGUUGGACUUUGGAAACCAACUUAGCCAAACGAAGUCUACUCAGACUUCUAUCCGCGAGACGCUUGAAAGGCGCAAAGGCCCUGUUGGAAUCGUCGGGCCUUUGCUUGAGAUAAUUCGUCGGGACACGUUGACCCUCAUUCAGCAUCUGCGGCGAAUUCUCGAUGAAAUAGACGUCGACAUUCUGGAUGACACAAAGAUGGAAGACCGAUUAGUUCUAUGGCGCCAGAUCAUGAAUCGGGCACAAAGAGAACUUCCCGAGCUUAAAGCUUCCUUGAAUCCGCUUUAUACAUUCCUGAUGACAGUCAAUCCUCCACCUGCCUCCACAGAACAAUCAAAUGAGCUGGACAUUAUCGUCCAGAAUUAUCAAGGUCUGACGAACGAUAUCGAUCAAAUGAUCAAGCGGUUGCGGGUCACAUCUGCUUCCUUGACCUCGAACAUGGGUCUUUUGGAAAGUCGCCGUUCGAUCGACGAGGCCCAUGCCGUAACACGACUCACUGAGCUCGCCUUUAUUUUCAUCCCCCUAUCUUUUUCCACUUCUGUCUUCGGCAUGCAGGUUGAGCCCUUUUCUAAUCCAGUUCCAAUUUGGAAUUUCUUCGUAGUGGCUCUCUCGGUGACUGCGUUUGCUUAUCUGAUGAGAAUGACCCUUCGAAGCCAGUGGCUCACUCGCUUCAAGGCCGAACUGAAGUAUGAUGUCCGGAAAUUUGCAGAAAAACAUGGUCAACCCGUGCAGUCUCGGUCACUACCCAUGUUCCUGAUCUUUCACUGGCUAGCAGCUCGAUUCAGUUCAAGCAUCGGCACCGUAUUAAAAUGGAUGUUCACAUCGUGUGUUUUCGUCGGACAAGGACUUUGGAAUUUAUUCGCCUUCGUCAUCAAAUUCUUCCUAUUAAUGGGCAUCAUUUCGGGCAUCCCAGUUGCAGUGGUCUGUUCCCGCGAUCUUGAAACCGGCAUCAAGGUCCCCGUCAGUCUUGCCAUGGUCAUACUUGCCUUUUUCUUCGUGGGUAUUCCUUUCUGGCACAAGUCCGACCCCGAAACUCGUGAUGCUCUACCAAGACUCUUAGCUGGUGCUGCCUUGACUUUGCCCGUAUGGACGAAGAGAAUGCUUCUCGUACUGGGUGCGAUAGCAAUCCUCGUUGGUGUCCCACUGGUCCUCAUUUGGACCCGUUCACUCGCAACUGGCAUCAAAGGCGGUCUCAGUGCUGGAAUUGUAAUUAUGGCGAUUCUUACACUGGGAGCAUUGGGUACCGCGUGGGUCGCAGGAGCACGGAGGACGCGUAAAAGGGCAAGUAAGAUGGUCCGCCGGCGCCCUCGGCGCCUUCCAAGAGACUAG